AUGAACAUAAUUCGAUUCUUUUCAUUUUUAACCAUCUUCGGUUUACUUUAUUUUUCUACCACAGCUGUCUAUGGUAAAGAAGAUACAAUCGAUGCUGAUGUGGAUAUUGGUGAAGAAGAAGAAACUGUUUUACGUCCAGAUGAAACAAUAAUGCCAUCAAGUGAUAGCCUCGACGGAAAAGAAGAUGAAGAUCCAAAUCGCAUUCCAUCUUCACCCGAUUUCCGUACUAUUUAUGUUUUUUCUCAACCAGCUAACGCCAAGGAAUUACUUGCUGGUAAAUUAACUCGUUUACUUGUUGGUGCACGUAAUAAUGGCACAGAAAAUUUUAUUGUUGAAUCAAUCGAUGGUUCAUUACGUUAUCCACAAGAUUUUACUUAUUAUAUACAAAAUUUUACCGCAUUACGACCAGAAAAAGUUGUUGAACCUGGUUUAGAAUCGACAUUUGAAUAUUUAUUUAUGCCAAGCGAAACUUUUAACGGACGACCAAUGGGUUUAGUUGUUUUGGCUAACUACCGAACAUUUGAAGGAAAACGAUUCCAAAAUGUUGUUUUUAAUCAAACAAUUAAUUUCAUUGAUGCUGAUGAAGGAUUUGAUGGAGAAACAUUCUUCCUUUACAUCUUUCUCGGUGCAAUCUUAGUUCUUUUGAGCUUUUUAGCUUAUCAAUAUUUACUUUCAAAUCGUGUUAAACGUGUUACUGGAAAAUUAAGUUCACAAAAUUUUGGUACUCAACAAGGUAAAGGUAAUUAUGAUGUUGAUUGGAUUCCAAAACAUCACCUUGUUCAAAAUCGUUCACCAAAAAAAAGUCCACGUAAAUCUCGACCAAACGGUGUUAAUGGCGUAAAUGGUACUGGAGCCGCAUCAAGCGAAAACGAUGAAUAA